CUCCCUCUGCAUCCCUCUCUCUCUCUCUCUUUUCUCCCGGUCUUGGCAUGCGAGCUUGAAAAGCAACCCCAAACCGACGACGGUUGAAGCGAAACAAAGAAAAAACCAGUUAAAUUAUAUCCAACCUAUAUAUACACACACAUAUAUAUAAAAGCGUCCUCAGAUGGGCAACGAUCAUCGGCAACGAAACGACAGUCUCUCCGGAGGAAUCUGAUACCCGAAAUAACCAAAAACGAUUAGCCGUUGAACUGUGAUAAUUCGAUUACAUACUGAGAGAAUUGAAAAUGCUUCAGAAUGGUUUCCACGUAGAAGAGAACUCCGGUGGCGGGGCGGUGCUGGUCGGAAUAAGGCUGGACGCUCCGAGCAGAGAGCUUCUCACGUGGGCUCUUGUCAAAGUGGCUCAGCCAGGUGACUGUGUGAUUGCUCUUCAUGUUCUCGGUAAAAAUGAAAUCUUCGAUCGCGAUGGGAAGUCGUCGCUUCUUUCCCUUGUCAAAGCGUUCGACUCUGUUCUCGCCGUCUACGAGGGUUUCUGCAACUUGAAACAGGUGGAUCUGAAGCUGAAGAUUUGCAGAGGCGCAUCAGCGAAGAAAAUUCUAGUCCGCGAAGCGGAAUCUUACUCUGCAGCUAAGCUAAUAGUGGGAACUGCUCAUAAUCACCACAAAAUCCGAUCAACCACUUCCGUAGCCAAGUACUGCGCUAAAAAGCUUCCAAAGACUUGUGGGGUUCUCGCUGUGAAUAACGGCAAAGUCGUCUUCAACAGAGAAGGCUCGCCGGAAAAAACUGCUGACAAACAACCACAAGGGGUAGAACAAGAUCAGCAGAGCCGAAUCGAAACUCUUAAAGGACUAAGCGACGCUAGUUUAAGUGUUGGAAAACAGAGCUGCGAAGUUUGUGAACCGGUGUCUUCUUCAUUGUCAAACCAAGUAGAAAAGGACUCUUCUAGAAAUGGCGGCGGAGAAGAAGACAUGUUAAUGGCUUUAGUGCCGGUACAGAAAGCGGAGCCAGCGCCGAGUCCGUCAAUCUCCGUUUUGAUCAAAGAAUUACCUGAGGUGAGACCCGGUUGGCCGCUGCUCCGCCGUGCAGCAGCAGAGCGGAAGUCGCCCGAGAGGACUCUGGUGAGAAAGAUCUCUGUGGUGGAAUGGGCAAUGCAGUUGCCGAGUAGGCCAAUUUCAUGCGCCUCAGAUGCUGAUCGCGCACAAUUCAGCUCUGAAAAUGAAGAAUCCUCAAAUCUAGACAGCGAAAGUGGCGCAAUUGUGGCGGUCGGAGCAGCUGCAGCAGCGGAGGAGGAGACCGAGUCGAAGAGCCUGCCGAGAGAAUUGGAGGGUCUACAUGAGAAGUACUCGUCAGCUUGUAGGCUCUUCAAUUACAAAGAACUCUCGCAAGCAACGUCAAGUUUUUGGCCAGAGAAUUUGAUAGGAAGAGGAGGUAGCAGCGAAGUGUACAGAGGCUCCCUUCCUGACGGCAAAGAACUGGCUGUGAAAAUCCUAAAGCCAUCUGAUGAUGUGAUCAAAGAAUUUGUUCUAGAAAUCGAAAUCAUUACUACUUUACAUCACAAGAACAUUAUUUCGCUUUUGGGAUUCUGUUUUGAGGACAACAAUCUUCUCUUGGUUUAUGAUUUCUUAUCCAGAGGAAGCCUUGAAGAGAAUCUUCAUGGAAAGAAGAAGGAUUCGCUUGCAUUCGGUUGGAUUGAGAGAUAUAAAGUGGCUUUGGGUGUGGCUGAGGCCGUGGAUUAUCUGCACGGUGGCAAUUCUCAACCUGUGAUUCACAGGGAUGUUAAGUCUUCAAAUAUACUUUUGUCUGGUGAUUUUGAGCCUCAGCUCUCUGAUUUUGGACUCGCUAAGUGGGCAUCAACCACCACAUCACACAUAACCUGCACGGAUGUUGCAGGCACUUUUGGUUACCUGGCUCCUGAAUACUUCAUGUAUGGCAAAGUGAACAACAAGAUUGAUGUAUAUGCUUUUGGGGUUGUACUCCUGGAGCUUCUUUCGGGAAGAAAGCCUAUAAGCAGCGACUAUCCGAAAGGCCAGGAGAGUCUAGUCAUGUGGGCUAAGCCAAUUCUAAAUGAAGGAAAAGUGUCCAAGUUGUUAGAUCCUUCCUUGGGUGGUAGUUAUGACCAGGACCGGAUUGAAAGAAUGGUUUUAGCAGCUACUCUUUGCAUCAGACGCGCCCCACGAGCUAGGCCUCAAAUGAGCCUUGUUGUGAAACUUCUUCAAGGUGAUCCUGAGGUGAUUAAGUGGGCAAGGCUACAAAUGAAUUCCGUGAAGGAGGCCGACAUUGUUGACGAUGAAGCAGGUUGCCCGCGAUCUAAUCUGCAGUCGCAUCUUAACCUGGCGCUGCUUGAUGUGGAGGAUGACUCACUCUCAAUGAGCAGCAUUGAGCAAAGUGUGUCAUUAGAGGACUACUUGCAAGGCCGCUGGAGCCGCUCAUCAAGCUUUGACUAACUGCGAUAUUACUAGCAAACAAGAUUCAAGUAAAGAACUUGUUGUUUUCUUUGUGUGUGAUUCUUUUGUAUAGU